AUGGAGAAUAAUCAAUCUAAUGAUUCAAAUAGCAAUCAACAAUCCGCUCCUCAAAAUUCGAGAGCAGGCCAGCAACAGGUACGACCCCAACAAGGCAACGCAAGACAACAACAACCUCAAACAGCACUGCAACCGCCUAGGGGUCCGCAGCCACAAUUUUCCCAAGCAGAUUUGAAUCGUAUCGUGUUGGAAUACCUUAAUAAAAAGGGUUACAAUAAAACCGAAUCUAUGCUCAGAUUGGAAAGUUCCAAUACACCAACACCAUCAGUACCAUCAGUUAGUCCUGCAACGUCCAAUAUAGCUAGUCCAGUUGAAAUAUCCAGAAGAGAGAAGGAUUUGAAAGACAAGGCAAGUAGACAUGAACGAGAAUUAAGAGAAUUAAGAGAUAAACAAGUCAGAAUAGAACGUGAAUUGAGAGAUUCAAGAGAUAGAGAGUUUAGACUUGCUAAGGAGAAAGAAUUAAGAGACUUAAGGGAUUAUGAAGAGAAGCAAAAGCGUGAAAAUGAUCCAGAAAUAUAUUAUAGAGUUUAUUCUAUGUUGAGAAGUUGGGUGGAAACUUCUUUAGAUUUAUACAAGCCUGAAUUAUCAAGAUUAUUAUAUCCAAUUUUCAUUCAUUGUUUCUUGGAAUUAAUUGCUAAGAACUUUUCAUCACAAGCCAAAAGGUUCUUGGAUAAAUUUAAAGGCGAUCAUGUUAUGUUGCACGGAUUGGAGAUUAAUAAGCUAGCAGGUAUUUCCUUACCAGAACAUUUGAAGGAAAAUGAAUUGGCUCAAGCUUACAGAAAUAAUAAAUAUAGAAUUAUUGUCUCCAAGACUUCAAUUAAUUUAUUAUUAUAUUUCUUGCAUGAAAAUGAAGCAGUUGGUGGAGCCAUUUUAAUUCGUAUUAUUAAUCAAUAUUUAAAUCCUAUUAUUUCAACAACUAAGCCAGAUAAGGUUGAUCAAGAAGGUGAAGCUAAUCCAGAUGAGGGUAUACCCGAUUACAUUACCAAAACUAAUGAAAUAGAUAAAUUCAAUGAACAGCCAGUUAAAUUGGGUAAAUUACCAAUGGACCCAGAGGUACAAAAGGAAAUUGAAGCUGAGUUGAAAGUUAAAGAUGAAAAGGCAGACCCCGUUAACGAUAAGACUUUAGUAGAAGAGUUUCAAGAUAUAACUUCUGUCGAAGAUGACUCGCCAGCAAGAGAAUCGUUACCAUUACCUUUAAAGGAUGCGUCUGACAUCAAGAGACAGAUUUUAGCCGUUGAAGACUCUCGAUCGAAAAUUAAGUUGGGGGCUAUACAAGCAAGUGCUCCUUCUGUCUGUAUGUAUACAUUUCAUAACACAAAUAAUGAUAUGACAUGUUUGGAUUUUAAUGAUGAUUCUAAUUUAAUGGCUGCAGGAUUUCAGGAUAGUUUUAUAAAAUUAUGGAGUCUUGAUGGGAAACCUUUGAAGUCAGUAUUUAAAAAGGAUAAGUACAAUAAUGACAAUAGCCGUAAAUUAAUAGGACAUAGUGGGCCAGUGUAUGGCGUGUCCUUUUCUCCAGACAACAGAUACUUGAUUUCUGGAUCCGAAGACAAAACUGUGAGAUUAUGGUCAUUAGACUCUUAUUCCGCUUUAGUAUCUUACAAAGGACACAAUCAACCUAUUUGGGAUGUUAAAUUCUCUCCAUUUGGACACUACUUCGCCACUGCUUCUCACGAUCAAACCGCAAGAUUGUGGGCUACCGAUCAUAUUUACCCAUUGAGAAUUUUCGCAGGCCACAUCAAUGAUGUUGACUGUAUUGAAUUCCAUCCUAAUUCAAAUUAUGUGUUUACAGGAUCGUCGGAUAAAACGUGCCGUAUGUGGGAUGUUCAAACUGGUAAUUCUGUGCGUAUAUUUAUGGGACAUACUGGUCCUGUUAAUUGCAUGUCAGUUUCCUAUGACGGGAGAUGGUUAGCCAGUGCUGGUGAAGAUGGGGUUGUUAAUAUAUGGGAUGCAGGUUCCGGUAGAAGAUUGAAAACAAUGAGAGGGCACGGUAGAUCGUCUAUUUACUCAUUAGCAUUUUCUAGAGAUGGAGGUGUUUUGGUAAGCAGUGGCGCAGAUAACACAGUCAGAGUAUGGGAUGUCAAAAAGAAUACAAACGAUGCGGGCCCCGAGCCUGAAGCUUUCAGUUUUGAUAGUAAUUCAAACAAUGCAAAUGGCACAUCAAGAAAUGCAAGUGCCAAUUCGCAAAACUUUAAAAACGAUAAGUCAAGUAGAAAGGAAAUCAUAGCCACUAGUGACCAUAUGACAGCCUACUUUGCCAAAAAGACCCCUAUUUACAAAGUUCAUUUCACGAGAAGAAACUUAUGUCUCGCGGGUGGGGGGUUCAUGGGCUGA